UGCUCACCCCGAGCUGCUCGCCUCGCGUUUUUUUUCUUCUUAGCUCUAAUCUCCCGACCCGAUCACGCCACCGCGCGAGUCCGUCCCCCCAAAUCCAACCAAUCCCGACGAAGGAAGCGAUUCUCCGUCGAUUUCCCAUGGAGCAACCCAAGCCUGCGGCAGCGGCGGGGGCGGCGGACGCGCAGAACCCGAACGCCUUCACCUGUGAGCUGCCGCACUCCGUCUACGCGCUGGCCUUCUCCCCCUCCGCGCCGGUCCUCGCCGCCGGCAGCUUCCUCGAGGACCUCCACAACCGCGUCUCCCUCCUCUCCUUCGACUCCGCCCACCCGUCCGCCCCCUCCUUCCGCGCCCUCCCGGCGCUCUCCUUCGACCACCCGUACCCGCCCACCAAGCUCCAGUUCCACCCGCGCGCCGCCUCCGCCCCGCAUCUGCUCGCCUCCUCCUCCGACGCGCUCCGGCUUUGGCUGGCCCCGCUCGACGACCUCACUCCCGCCGCCGACCCCGCCCCGCCCGAGCUCCGGUCCGUCCUCGACAACCGCAAGACGUCCGCCUCCGAGUUCUGCGCGCCCCUCACCUCCUUCGACUGGAACGAGGCCGAGCCCCGGCGCAUCGGGACCGCGUCCAUCGACACCACCUGCACCAUCUGGGACAUCGAACGCGGCGUCGUCGAGACGCAGCUCAUCGCGCACGACAAGGCCGUGCACGAUAUCGCCUGGGGAGAGAAUGGGAUCUUCGCCUCUGUCUCCGCCGACGGCUCCGUCCGCGUCUUCGACCUCCGGGACAAGGAGCAUUCCACCAUCUUCUACGAGAGCCCUCGGCCGGACACGCCGCUCCUCAGGCUGGCAUGGAACCGCUAUGACUUCCACUACAUGGCCACGCUUCUCAUGGACAGCAGCGCCGUCGUCGUGCUCGACAUGCGCGCGCCUGGGGUGCCGGUGGCCGAGCUACACAGACACCGGGCGUGCGCCAACGCGGUUGCUUGGGCACCACAGGCCACGAGGCACCUUUGCUCGGCUGGGGACGACGGGCAAGCUCUGAUUUGGGAGCUGCCCGCGACGCCGGGCACAGUGCCGACCGAGGGGAUUGAUCCUGUGCUAGUGUAUGAUGCUGGUGCAGAGAUAAACCAGCUUCAAUGGUCAGCCGCUUACCCGGAGUGGAUGUCGAUCGCCUUUGAGAACAAGGUCCAAUUGCUCAGGGUCUGACAAGAAGCUUUCUAAUGGUAGUUCGACUCUGAAGCCCUGGGAAUUCUUCUCUAGCAUCAGUUUACAUGUGUCUUGUGAUGGUGACCUGAUAUGCAAAGCAUGACAGUCUCUGUUCUACCUAACGAAGUAACAAGGAAUGAUCUUGUGGUCAGCAUCAACUUGAACGUUGUGGGAGUUAUCUGUGUUGGCAGAUUCAGCUCCCUAUGAACAUAGAGAUAUAGAUGCUAGACUGCCAAUAUAAGAAUCAUUUGAUGAAUGGAUUUGAAAGGCUCCUGGCUUUAGUUCUGUUUGCUCGCCAUGUGCUAUUCAUUCCUCUGUUGUUUCAUCGGUUACCUCUUGUCCAUUUUGUCCUACACUUCGAUUAUAUUUCUUGAUACUUCGAUCAUGUGUAGGUUGUAAAAUGUCUUUUAUAUGCAAGAUUUAGUUAGGAGAGAAGGGGCUCUCUAAAACCACAAGACAUGUUUGAAGAUAUUAUUUCAAGCUUGUAAUUAAGGGUGCGUCUGGUUAAUUAAGGGUGCGUUUGGUUGGUAGCCAAGAUACGAUGGAAUAUGUCUAUCAUAUUUUUAUAAUAUGGUAAUUUAGUUUUAUGUUUGGUUG